AGUUGCAGCUGCUUGCUUGACUGUGUUGGCUGGCAAAUCAAGUAACUCGUGCCCUCUGCCCUCUUCCAGGCAGCACCUGUUUCUCCCGCUGGGUGACGCGGUAGCUAGCUAGCAACGAUUGCUGGUUCAUUGGCAUUGGACCGUCUCUUUACUUCAAUAGCUAGCUUGCUAAACAAGUUGGCAUAUUGUUUGCUUUGGUGUAUUGGUCGGCCCCUGGACGCGUGACAUGCCCGUGUUUGUAGAAGACCCUGCUCAGUUCUCCAAGCCGAGACUGAAGUCGGAGUUAAUAGCCCACAACGUCACCCUGCCUGCGGUGGAGAGCAAGAAGCAAGUUUAUGUGGAACUAUAUUUGAAACAUAUCGUUCAGAAAAGUGCUGCAGAUUUCUCUAGUGAUGAGGAAGAUGACGAUGUUGUGGAAGUACAGGACAGUCAGGACUUUGAAGAGGAGAAAGAUCCAAAGAUGUUAGACCCCAGUGUACUGACAGAUGAUGAGCUUAAGACCACACUACUCAAAUAUGGAGUGGAAGCUGGACCCAUUGUAGCCACCACUAGGUCUAUAUAUGAGAGGAAAUUGCAGAGGCUACUAAAACCUGCCCAGCCCUGGCAGAACGGUGGCACAGGGGAUGCAGACCAGUACUCAGACAGUGAAGGGGACGAAGAGUCAGUUUCACAACAAGGAAGCCCAGAGACGGUUUCAUUAAUGGAGGAAAACCUGCACGUUGACAUGCGGGAGCCAGUCACAGAUGUUCUGAUGGAGAUGUUCCCAGAGACAGAACCCACACCAACUGGCAUUGCUGCCACCCGUCGGAGGCCUAUCAAGGGUGCAGCGGGGCGACCGGUCCAGUUUAAAUACCCAGACCUCUCUGCUAGUCCCAUGACCCUACAGCGAUGGGCAGUGGAGCAUCGCCUGGUUCCUCUGUGGGUCCAGAUCCUGGUCUUCUUCAUCAUGGCCUGUCUCCUCUACCUCAUCUAUGCUGCCAUGGAGGAUAGCUUGGCCAAUCCCUUUGUGGCUUUGCUGGACAACCUCAGCAUGGAGGCGGAGACUGAGGGGCUGUCCCUCCAGGCUGAACCCUAGGAUAUUCCUCUGCUCGUUCUCUAGGGAGGCAUAAUUCCCCUGCUCCUCCUCAAUACUCCACACAUUGGUUUACAGUUGUUGUGCGGAACAUCAUUUUGUUACCAUCAUUCAAAUUUUUUAAUCUCUAUAUAUGGCUCUGGUGUCAUUCUCCUUUGGACAAUCCUGUUGGUUCGAAAAUGUUACGGUGAAACCUGCUGUGCUGUUCAAAUGCAUACAGGAUCAGUGCAAGUGCAGAAAACAAAUGACUAGGCCUACAUUUUUUUUAAAUAAUAAAAACAUGUAUGAAAUUUGUAACUUAAUUGAGUUUUUGUAUUUAAUAAAAGUAUGUCACAAAUU